UACAGAUUUCCCUUGCCGCCCCCCCUCCCCCAGCAACACCAAUACACCACCCUAACCACCAACUCCCAGCCUAAUACCCACCAAGGCCGAGGAUGGAGCGAAUAAACUACAGAUAUUCUUACGGAGCCUUGGAUAAACGUUAACUAUUAGGCGUCAGUAGUUGUUCCUUUUGUGAGCUGAUAGCCUGUUUGCUGCUCAUUUGGAACAAUAAACACAGGCUGUUAACUGAUCGAUCUUUAUUUGGAUUCGUAUCGUGAAUGCUUGUAUUUCGGACCAUGGAACGUUCGCUUUCCCGACACCAAACCGCUAUAAUCGACUAGACUAUCUGAGAUGCUUCGUUUUUUACAUUUUCGAGUACAAAUAUUGUUUCCACGCCGGUUAUUGUUAAGAUGUUUCCGAUGCUGAAAAUCAAAGCGGAGCCUUAAGGACUUGUCACCUGAUACAGCGAGGCCCCAUGGAAACUGCGACAAUUUGGGAUAUAGCCUAAUACCAUAUAAACUUCAAGUGAAAUAUAUGUUCUGAUUGCCCAAAUGGAUUCGUGCAUGGACAAGCAAUUUAUAUUAAAAAAAGCCCAAACAUAAUUGGAUUGUUCUUAAAUGAUUCAUUUUAGAAUUCCCAGGUCUGGCUGAGCCACCUGCUUUCAUAUUUCCACCGACGUGCGCUUUGAGGGUAACUAAAACAGCAGGAUUUAUUACAAAUUCUGCUACAAACAAAGCGCCAACAAUUUUUAGAUAUUGACUGAACAAACCAAAGACUUAUCACGAUUGCACACAGUGGCAUGGGGCAUUGCUGAACAAGAUUAUGCAUUCUACUCGAUUUACUUAAUCUGGGCAUUACGUUUCAAUCUUAAAAAGAGGGCAAGUCGAGGGUUUUACGCUUCUUGGGAAUCCUCUCGCGCAAGUGUGUGUGUGAGAAAUUGCGAGAGAGGGGCCAACAUGCCCACUUCACGUUCUGGUGCCAGCCUUGUGGAAUAUUGGGUGGACGGCUCGAGACGAGAUGUCACCGUGGAGGAAUUCUAUACCAUGGGCCCAGAGUUAGGAAGAGGGGCAACAUCUGUGGUCUUCCGCUGUGAGGAGAAACAGUCCCAGAAGCCGUAUGCUGUUAAGGUCCUGAAGAAGACUAUUGACAAGAAAAUUGUACGGACUGAAAUUGGAGUUUUGUUGCGUCUUUCUCAUCCCAAUAUUAUCAGAUUAAAGGAGAUUUUUGAGACAGAGACAGAUAUCGCUCUCAUCUUGGAGCUGGUUACCGGAGGAGAACUCUUCGACAGGAUUGUGGAGAGGGGCUACUACAGUGAGAGAGACGCAGCCCACGUCAUCAAGCAGAUACUGGAGGCAGUGGCGUACUUACAUGAGAAUGGAGUGGUGCACCGUGACCUCAAACCAGAGAACCUCCUGUAUGCUGACCUGUCAUUGGAUGCACCCCUCAAGAUUGCUGACUUUGGCUUGUCCAAAAUAAUUGAUGAGCAAGUCACCAUGAAGACGGUAUGUGGCACUCCUGGAUACUGUGCUCCUGAGAUUCUCCGUGGCAAUGCCUACGGUCCCGAAGUGGACAUGUGGUCUGUGGGAGUCAUCCUCUACAUACUGCUCUGUGGGUUUGAGCCUUUCUUUGACCCAAGGGGAGACCAGUACAUGUACAGUCGCAUCCUCAACUGCGAUUAUGAGUUUGUCUCCCCCUGGUGGGAUGACGUCUCUCUCAACGCAAAAGAUUUGGUCAGUAAGCUGAUAGUGCAGGACCCUCACAAACGCCUCAGCGUGCAGGAGGCCCUGCUGCACCCCUGGGUGCUGGGCAAGGCGGCACGCUUCUCCCACAUGGACACCACACAGAGGAAGCUGCAGGAGUUCAACGCCCGGCGGAAACUCAAGGCUGCCAUGAAAGCCGUGGUGGCCACCAGCCGCAUGCACGAGAGCUCCCGGCGGCGCACCGACAGCUGCGACAUCCCUGGCUCCGACAAGACCUCCAGGCAGAGCAGCAUGCAGCAGGACGCCCCCCCGGACUCCCAGGGAGAGGCCAGCCAGGCCAAGGACGCCACCGAGGGGACCCAAGAGGACGGGGAGGUCCUGGGCUCCCAGAACCAGUCCAUACCAUGUUCCCUCCUGCCACGCAGCCCCAAACCAGCCCCGCUCACCUCCCCUUUGCCCAAGGGGGCAACCCCCGGGUGCCCACCACCCACCAGGCCCCCCCUCAAGCCAGACGGGCUUCGGCAAAAUUCGGUAAUCCCCAAAACGGCGUUGGUACGACCCAGGAUACCCCAGAGGAGCUGUUCGUCUGUGGACACCGUGGCGAAAAGUGAGACGGCUCAGGUGUUGGCCACGCCCCCGAGUCCUAAGAGCAUCAGCAAUGGGUAUGUCGUGGGGGUGGAGUCUGGCAGUAAGACCGCCCAGUGUCAGUGAGUGACAGGUUCCAAAGACACAAGUUACAAGCAUUCGAGAACUCGUACUGGUGGAUUCAGCAGCUAAUGCCGUUGUGCUGUAGAGUCUUGCAGAGACUUGCGUGAUAUGACGAGAGAAAUUAUGACUGCGUUGAAGAAGAAGGCUUGGCGACUGAUUGACUUGUCUCACACUUCACCUUCCUCUGGGCCGCAUAGUCUGGAAAAAACGACCGAUUUGACAUCCCUCCAUAUAACUUGUCCUUCAUUGUGUGAGAUGAUGAGUUUGGAGAUGUAAAAUAGAUCAGUAAAUUAGCUUUUAACUUCGGUCUCCACUUUGCUGCCUACCUGACCUGCUUUAACUUAUCUACUUUUCCAUUUGUUUUCAAGGCGAGGUCGACCAGGAGAAAGGUUUUUGUUAGGGACAACUUGAAAAGACAAUCUGUUUUCAUACUUUGUAUGCUCUGCACCUUUCUACUAAUAAAUGUUGGGAUCUACUGACUUCAUAUGCAAACUCAUGAAUACAAAUAUAAUCCUCUUCUUGCACCUCAUUGCUUUCAGGUAGUAAAUAUAUUGUAUUUGUGAGCUGACGAAUAUAGUCAAGAUGUAUUGUAAAAUGUUUACUUUGCAAUUAUUGUAAAUGCUGACCUAAUGUUUGCUCUAUAUAUGGUUCGAAUCAAAACAGAUAACAGCGACAAAAUAACAGUCAUUGUUGUAAAUAUCAAAGUCAACAAGUCAACAGCUAUUUCAAAUCCUUUAAUCCAAACCUUCUCACCCAAUCUCACCCUCCACCACACUCUCUACCUCUCUUUGUACAGGCGCUUCCAACCUGUGAUAGCAGAUUCUGUAAAGAGACACCACUACUGAAAUAUAUACGAAGCAAAACAGAGCGUUUCCCCAAACCGCCCUUCAAAUGAUAUUGCCAGUGCCAGGCAAACACCUCUGAGGAGAAAACGUCAUUAUCAUAAGCAAAGGGCUUUUCCAGUUUCAAACAGUUGGAAAUCAAAAUGUUGUGAUCAAAAUGAAACAGUUUCUUAUUUCCUUGAGUAAGUUUCUGUUUAAUGGGCACACAUUUGCUUUUCUGGAAUGCAUUAUCUUACUAACUCCAACAUUGCCAAAUAGUAAGUCUUGUAUAUUGCUGACAUAAGAAAGGUAGAAAAUAAUUUGCAGGAUGUGAUGUUUAAAGUGGAUUUUUGCUUAUUAAUAUUAUUAUUGAAUGCACAACAUAUUUAUUUAGUGGGAAAACACCCCAGUUGUAGUUAAAUAUAUUGUAUUUGUUGUGUAGUUUCAGUAUUUCCUGUUUUCUUGAUGAAAAAGGUACUUUAUUUUGGAACAUAUUUUAGACAGAAUAUUGAAACCAAUAAUCAUAGCUAUAUAAAGAGUGGGGAAUCUAUAGGUGAGUGUACAGUUCUAUUAUUUUUGGAUGUUCUAUCAUAUCACAAUAAUCCCAAUGAAUCAGAUUUGAUUGUUCUGUAUUCUGCAUAAAUAUUAAAAACAGCACAUGUUUACAAUGGUAGAUGCUGUUAACAGAUAUUAAAAUGAAUAAAAUGUGGAUUUUAAAGUCAAACACUGGCUUUUGAAUGUAAUGUGACCUGAAUGACAGUUCAUUGAAACUAGGCAUGGGAAUGAA